AUGGCGCGUGUUGGAAGUGUUUCUUUUAUGUUAAGUUUUUUCCUUUAUUCUUCAUUGUUAUUAUGUUUUUUCACAAGCAAGGCUAGUGCAAAUAUUGACCUAGACGAGGACAAUUGGAGACAAAUUCUAGAAGGUGAAUGGAUGGUUGAAUUUCAUGCUCCAUGGUGCCCAGCAUGCAAUGCGUUAUCCUCAGCAUGGAAGGAGCUGUCAAAUAAGGCACAGAGCAAGAAAUUUUCAAUGAAAGCUGCUGCAGUGGAUGUAACAAAGUCACCUGGCCUAAGUGGUAGAUUUGUUGUAACUGCUCUGCCAACAAUAUUCCACGUAAAAGACGGUGAAUUCCGUCAAUACAAGGGUCCUCGUGACGCAAGCUCAAUGUUAGAAUAUGUGGAGAAAGCUCGUUGGAAGCAAACAGAAGCUGUACCCUCCUGGAAGGCACCUGAUUCAAUUCAGAUGGGUGUGGUCGCUCACUUCUUUAAACUCAGCCAGGCUUUGAGAAGUGUACACAAUAUGUUGAUGGAAACAUAUGGUCUACCAACGUGGGGAUCAUAUCUUAUUUUUGCUAUUGCCACAAUAUUUAUUGGAGCGUUGCUGGGAUUGAUUCUCGUAUGUGUCAUCGACCUCUUAUACCCCCCUCGUCGGGCUGACAAAGUGUUUAUAUCCCGAGCUGAAGCUGAAAAGAGAGGAGAAGAGAAAAAGUCGGAUGAUGACCUGAUAAAUGAUGAUAUCGUGGAUGAAGCUGAGAACGCAGAUAGUGACGCCGAGAAAAAUUCACCUAGUGAUACGUCAGACGACGACAAAGACAAGGCAAUGGGCGCGGGGGAAGGUCAGUCGGGGGAGGGGAAAGGGGACAAACAGGAGGUGCGCAAGCGCAGGUCACGGAAGGCUGACUAA